AUCUUUUAUUUUCCCUUGUAACUUCACCCAUUGACGCAUUUAUUUCCAACUUCUCUUCUCCGAUCACACGAAACGAUGUCGUCCGCGGCGGAGAAGAAGAUCAUCCUGAAAUCCUCUGACGGAGUGGUCUUUGAGAUCGACAAGGCCGUCGCGAUGGAAUCUCAGACCAUAACGCAUUUGAUCGAGGACGAUUGCGCCGGUGAUGCGAUCCCGAUCCCGGAAGUUACGAGCAAGAUCCUCUGGAUGGUCAUCGAAUACUCCAUGAAGCACGUGGCCGCCGCCGCCGCCGCCGACGGCGCCCUCAAGGCGUGGGACGCCGAGUUCGUCAAAGUCGAUAACGCUACGCUCGUCGAUCUCAUCCUGGCGGCAAAUUACCUCAACAUAGAGGGGCUUCUUGACCUAACCUGCCAGAGAGUGGCGGAUAUGAUCGGAAACAGCAGAAAUCCCGAGGAAAUUCGCGAGAAGCUCAACAUCGAGAAUGAUUUCACGGCCGAGGAACUAAAAGACUUGAACGCCAGGAUUAAUUGGGCGUUUCGAUGAUUGUUGAUGCAUGCAUUGAUCAAUCUCGAUCGAGAGUCAUUGAUGUGAAUAUCAGCUAGAUAAUGAUACGCACGGACGAUAUAUCUUGUUGGAUCAUAUAGCGAUGUGUAACAGUGUGUUAUAAGUAUAUGUCGUUACAUAUUCAAUUCAUUAGUGCUUG